CGACCUCGACAAUGAGUCGUCGACUGCGCUGCCGUCUUCACAGCCAACUACCGCACCGUACACCGCCAGAGCAGGAGGAGAGAUAAAAGCGCAUCCAUAUACAGAGGAUCCAGAGUCGGAAAGCCCCGAGCUAGAAAGCAACCCUGAACUGGUCGAAAGCAAGAGCCAGGAACACACCCGGAACUGCAGCAGCUCGAGAAUCGCGGCGCAGACGACCCCAUCGACGACCUGGAGCCUGGAAAUGGAAUACAGAUGCCGGUGAAUCCCUCUGGAGGCUCGCAACCGCGAGAGAGCGAGCGGCGCCAAUCGCUCCUGCCGACGCAGCAGACGGCGCUGAUCCAGACGCUCCUCGAGAUCGGGAAAGCGGCGAACUUGGAGUCGGGAAGGGGAGAGCAGGGCAGCGCGAGUAGGCUGUCGACUAUCAACGGCAGCAUGUUGAUCAGUAAGAUCUGGGUCAAGCGGCCCAAUUCGUCGGCGACGCUCGUUACUAUAAAUGAGGACGACCUCGUGGAUGAUGUGCGGGAUAUGAUUUUGAGGAAAUACGCGAAUUCGCUGGGGAGGAAUUUCGACGCGCCGGACGUUACGCUGAAGAUUUGCUUUAGGGGAGACCAUGCGAGGGACCAUUUGAGAGACCAUGGUCGUGAGCAUCGCCAUGAAAGGAUCCUUGGGCCUGAGGAACCGAUAUCGAGGACGAUCGCCGCGAACUUUCCUGGUGGCCAAACCGUACACGAAGCUUUAAUUAUCGAUGUCCCGGUCAGGCCGACUCCGCGACAGUCCCCAAGGGCCACAUUAUACUAUCACGACGAACUACGGCCUAGUGAGUCUGGGACAGACUACUUCCCACCUAUGCCAGUUACGCUCGUUCCGUCCCCCCACCAUCAGAACGGCGUCUCGAUGCCGGUAUUAGCUAGCUCGAGCAUCCCGCAUUCCAUGUCUGUCCUCGGCACCGGACAUGCCCCGAACCUGCCAUCACCUGGGAGGAAAUAUGCCGCCAGGCCGCGAGUUUCUCGCGUGACGAGCUCUCCUCCCGUUAUCAGCGGGCAGCAGACUCCAGUGUCUGCUGCAGCCAGUGGUCGGACCGCUUCGCCUCAUGGGGUGAGGUCGAGGGCUCAUCCGGUGCUGGCAGAGCAUUCCAAGACACCCCCUACUCCGAAACCGCCGACUCCACCGGAAAUCGAAGCAAUUGCUCCAGGUAUCGUGGCUCCACCACCCCGGGAUUCGUCACCUGCCCCUAGCUCCAGACCGAAGAAACCAAAGAGACUCAUGAGGAACCUACCCUCCAUGCCCGGAGGGAUGCUCAACGGCGCCAGCGUCCCACCCAUCAACGUCCUGAUCGUCGAAGAUAACAUCAUCAACCUGAAGCUCCUCGAAGCCUUCAUGAAGCGCCUCAAGGUGCGCUGGCAAACCGCCAUGGACGGCAAGGACGCCAUGACCAAGUGGCGCCAAGGCGGCUUCCAUCUAGUCCUAAUGGACAUCCAGCUCCCCGUGAUGAACGGGCUCGAAGCCACGCGCGAGAUCCGCCGCCUCGAGCGCCUCAACGGCAUCGGCGUCUUCUCGUCGGCGUCGAGCACCGCGCCCGAGGAGCCCGAGGAGCCGGAGGGAGAGGAUAAAUUGCCGACGCCCAUCCUGUUUAAGAGCCCCGUCAUCAUCGUGGCGCUCACGGCGAGCUCGCUGCAGAGUGAUCGUCACGAGGCUUUGGCGUCGGGGUGUAACGAUUUCUUGACCAAGCCUGUUAACUUUGUCUGGCUCGAGCGCAAGGUCAUGGAAUGGGGCUGCAUGCAGGCCCUGAUCGAUUUCGACGGCUGGCGCAAGUGGAAGGAUUUCUCGGCGCAGGAGGUGCAGAAGGACGCGCCGCCGAAGAAGGGUGGCGGCGGCGGCGGGAAGGGGAAGGGCAAGAAGAGCCGGAUGGGCGCUGCGCGUGAGGCGGUCACUACGAGCGCUACUAUUAGGGAAGAGGAGUAGGGGAGCGACGCGCUGAUGGGUGGGGGUGGGGAGGAAACGCACUGUGUGGUUUCUUUACCUUUGCGCUGCGCUGCGUCGGAGCCAUUCUACCUGCCUUCGUCUCUUUUUUUUCCUGUUUCGUUUUUUCAUGGGUGUGGGAUACAUAUACUUAGCUUGGGCGUUUUGUUUCGUGGGACGGGAGCGUGGUGCAUUUUAGGGGGGUGUGUUUUUGUAUUGACAGUCUAUCUGGGGAAGGUUGUCACCUCCUGCGUCUCUUAUCUAUUUCCUGGUGGGUGAGGGCGGAGAUAUGGGGGGAGGUUAUGUAGGAUUACUGAUGGCGUAGAUGAGCCAGAGGAGGUGUGCGAAGGGAGAGAGGGAGGGGGUUGUUAGUUAGGGAUGUGAUAGAUGGUGAUGGAUGGAGAAGGGGCGCUGUAGCGUAUUAUAUCCUCCGUGAGAUGGGAAAAUUACAUUUUUUUUUGGUAGCUGUGAGCGCAUCGAGUCAUCGCGAUGAGUGACCGACCCCAUUCAAAAAUAUAGUACGUCGGACAUAUCAGUACCUCGGAC